AUGAAUCUACAGAAAAUACAGAUACAGAGAGAGGGUCACCGCCGUUUCAUUGAGAAAUAUUUGGAGAAAAUCGAACAAUCUAAGGAGAACGAUUCAUUGACCGAUUUUCACGCUAUUCUCAAAGCUAUCGAAGCGAAAGUCACGAUUCUAGAGACACUGAAUGAGAAAAUACUAUCACAGACGGAGAUAGAUGGAUUGGAGGAAGAAAUUUUUCAAACAGACACGUAUUCAGCGGAACUGGAUAUCCAGCUGUGUCGCUUACGAGCUUUCCGAGAUCAACAGGAAAAGAGAGCAGCCCCGCAUACUACCGACCUACCACGAGAUGACCAGAGAAAUUCAUGUAAUCAGCAGAGCAACAACAAUGAUAGAGGCCAGAAGAUCCCGAUACGAGUAUUAAUAGUACCUACCAUUUCAACGCCCCUCAACCAGAGAUACCAACAAUCAGUGUCCGAUUUACCGUAUCUACAAGGUCUUAAACUCGCCCAUCCAGUUACAGGAAACUCCAUAUUUACAAUUUCGAUGCUGAUAGGUGCAGACUUUUACUGGGAUAUCGUUGAAGAUCACAUAGUACGUGGAAAUGGAUCCACCGCUGUGAGAUCAAAGAUCGGCUACCUGUUAUCGGGACCUUUCCAAGCACAAAACAACCGAGCUACAGAUCACGUGUUCAAUGUAAUGGCGUCGCCUAUGACAACGGACGUAUUAGAACGUUUUUGGAAUCUGGAGAGUAUGGGAGUUACUCAGAGCGAAAAGAAUAUAGACAAGACACGCUAUUUCAAGGAUUACCAGACUUCAUCCAUAGAAUACGAGAACGGACGGUACACUGCCAAAUUACCUUGGAAACUAGACCACUCGACCCUCCCUAGUAACUACGACAUAGUGAAAGCAAGAACCGAGAGUACUCUGAGAAGACUACGUAGAGAGCCCCAUCUACUCCAGAAAUAUGACGAAAUCAUUGCUGAACAGGAACGACGUGGUUUUAUUGAGAGAAUUGAUAACGAUACCCCACCCACAGGACAACUCCACUACAUUCCCCACCACCCAGUGAAAAAGGAUUCAGCGACCACGCCCAUUCGGAUAGUAUAUGAUUGCAGCUGCCGCACAUCAACCCAGUUCCCAUGCUUGAAUGAUUGUUUAGAGUCGACCCCACCCAUGUUGAAUGACCUUACCACCAUACUAGUGAAAUUCCGUCUCCAUGGUUACGCCAUCACAACAGACAUUGAGAAAGCCUUCCUUCAUGUCGGAUUAAAUGAAGGAGACCGAGACGCUACCAGAUUUCUAUGGACAAGCGAUACUUCUAAUCCCAACAGCCCAUUACAAACUUACCGUUUAAAGUCCGUGUUAUUUGGUGCCACCUGCUCGCCAUUCAUGCUUAGUGCGACCAUUUUGAAACAUCUUGAAAUAAACAAGCACGUGCCCGCAGCCAAGGUCAUCGAGAAAGAUAUAUACGUGGACAAUAUACUUUCAAGCUUCGAAAAAAGGUCAGAUCUGCUAACCUACUUCACAGAGUCCCGACGUUUGAUGUCCAGCGCAUGUAUGAACCUCCGUUCAUGGACCUCCAACAGUGAAACACUUAGAUCCCGUGCAAAAAAAGAGAAUGUGCUUGAUACGGACGAAGUUGUUAAGAUACUUGGAAUGAGAUGGAACCCGGUCAAGGAUGAAAUGUCAUUUGCUGAAAGAAACAUCACAAUCCUAGAUGUCGUUACGAAGAAAACCAUUCUAAAAUACUCAUCCCAGAUCUAUGACCCCCUUGGUCUACUUAGCCCCGUGUCCGUCAGUGCAAAGAUCUUACUUCAAGAACUAUGGAAAGCCAAAUAUGACUGGGAUACCGCUUUACCCGAUCAUAUAUGCGAGACCUGGAACCAGCUAGCUAAAUCCCUCAACAGAGCUACAGGUGUGAACUUUUCCCGACAAUUCUAA